AUGUCCCAGGCCGAGCGCGCCGAGUCCAUUGAGGACCAGGAACAUUCCAGGGCCGAUGGCGACAAGAAGCCCAAGUCCCGGCGACCCGCCAAUACUGCUUUUCGGCAGCAGAGAUUGAAAGCAUGGCAGCCAAUUUUAACACCGAAGAGUGUCCUGCCCCUGUUCUUUGUUGUGGGCAUCAUAUUUGCUCCUCUCGGUGGCGUUCUCCUCUGGGCGAGCUCUCUGGUCCAAGAGAUCGUGAUUGAUUACACCGAUUGUUAUAGCGCGGCCCCAACAGCCAGUCAGGCUUACAUCGCCGAUCGAGUCUCUAUGACUUUCAAAGCGCAGUCCACCGGUACUCCAUCAUGGCAGAGAACUGUCGAUGAGGCCACCAAUCAAACUACCUGCAGCCUGUACUUUAACAUCCCUGAAUCCAUGGGGCCUCCGGUGUUCUUGUACUAUCGCCUCACCAAUUUUUAUCAAAACCAUCGCCGAUAUGUCCAGUCCUUGGAAUUGGAUCAAUUGAAAGGCGAAGCUCUCAGCAACAAAACGAUUUCGGGCAGUGUGUGUGACCCCCUCACCACGGACCCGGUCACGAAGAAAGCGUACUACCCAUGUGGGUUGAUUGCGAACUCUCGUUUCAACGACAGCAUUGACAGUCCUGUCUAUCUCGGUGACGACUCGGUUACCUACAACAUGACGAAGAACGGUAUCGCCUGGGAGAGUGAUAAAGCGCUUUACCAAAAGACCAAAUACCAGCAUUGGGAGGUGGUCCCUCCACCAAACUGGACCAAAUACAAUGGCAGCUACACGAAUGAAUCCAUGCCUAACCUUCAUGAAGAUGAAGACUUUAUGGUUUGGAUGAGAACUGCUGGAUUGCCAGCUUUCAGCAAACUCUCUCGUCGAAAUGAUGACACUGCCAUGGCCGCCGGAGAUUAUCGCUUGGAUAUUCUUGAUCAAUUCAAGGUUACCGAGUAUGAUGGAACAAAGUCGAUUCUGCUGUCUACUCGCACUGUCAUGGGCGGGAAGAAUCCAUUCAUGGGAAUUGCCUACGUGGUUGUUGGAGGUGUUUGUGUACUUCUUGGAGCUCUAUUCACCAUCGCCCAUUUGGUUCGACCGAGAAAACUGGGUGAUCACACCUAUCUAUCUUGGGAUUCAACUAAUCAGCCAACCACUGCCAUGGCCACUGGGCGAGACGACCGACUGCGCCCUAGUUCCUAA